AUGGUGGAAAACAUUCAUUCCGAGACCUACUCACUCCUCAUCGACGCUUAUAUCAAGGAUCCCCGGCAGCGCGAAUACCUUUUCGACGCCGUAGAAACUAUUCCUUGCAUCAAGUGUAAGGCUGACUGGGCACUCAAGUGGAUUUCCGAUCAACGUUCCACUUUCGCUGAGCGCUUGGUGGCGUUCGCUGCUGUCGAAGGCAUCUUCUUCUCUGGCUCCUUCGCGUCUAUCUUCUGGCUGAAGAAACGCGGUCUGAUGCCUGGUCUUACGUUCUCCAAUGAACUCAUCAGCCGUGAUGAGGAUGCUCUCCCUGUUGGUCUCAUUGGCAUGAAUGCCAAGCUCAUGUGCCAGUACAUCGAGUUUGUCGCAGAUCGCUUACUGGUGUCGCUGGGCAACGACAAGGUGUACAAUGCCACCAACCCCUUCGACUUCAUGGACAUGAUCUCGCUACAGGGAAAGACGAACUUCUUCGAAAAGCGUGUAUCAGACUACUCAAAGGCGAACGUCAACCACACGAAUGCCAAGACCGACCAGGCAACAAGCAAACUUCGUGAGUAUACAAUCUACCUCGUAGGCUUCGUGUCUGACAAUGUAUCCUCCAGCUCUUUGGAAGAAGACUUCUAG